GGUACUUAAUAACGGGAACGUCAGAGAGACUGUCAGUCUGACCCGAGGGACACUGUCGUACACAUCAGUACACCAGCACCCGUGUAGACCGCCAGCAACCGUACACCUGCACCAGAAGUAACCGCUUAUAUACAGAAUCUCAUCGUAGCCAUGAUGUUGUCACUGGUUCUGCUGUGUUGCGUUUUGGCGAGUGUGUCGGCGCAGUGUCAGCCUGGCGGGAACUGUCAGCUCCCAGAUUGCCGCUGUUGGUUCGAUGAGGAUAUCCCAGGAAGCCUUGCACCAGACGAAACCCCCCAGGUCGUCCUAGUGACGUUCGAGGACGCUGUGAACGAGGUGAACGCUGACAUGUACAAGUCCCUAUUCACAGGUACAAAUCCUAAUGGCUGUCCAGUCCGGGGAACAUUUUUCAUUAAGAACCUCGACACCAACUACGACAUCGUCCGAGACUUGUUCGACGACGGCCACGAGAUUGGAGCCAACUCCCUGGAUGGUACCUACCCGACAAACGAAGAAGACUGGAGAACAGUGUUGCAGACGAUAAAAGCUGAACUUGCGGAUGUUGGUAUAGCCGGAAAUCAAGUGAAGGGUGUCAGAGCACCAGAGCUGAGAGCCGGUGGCAUUGACGAGUUCAUCGGCAUGGGCGAAAACGACUUUGACUACGACGCCUCCUGUAUUAGUUCCGAGUUUGAUCAACAGUCCAACCUGAAGUGGCCAUACACCUACGACUUCAUCCCCGGACCAGCGUGCAACAACGGCGAGCCGCCGAACGCGCCGUUCCCUGGCAAAUGGCAGUUUCUUGUGGCCAGCCUCAAUUUCAAUGGAUCAACGUGCGCAACUCCAAGUGCCUGUACCAACGUGUUCACCCAGAGCGACGUCUUCGACCUGUUCUUCGACAGCUUCGCCAAGCACUAUGACGGGGACCGCUCCCCCUUCACUCUCAUCAUCAACCCCGACUUCGUCCUGGUGCCGUACAAGCUGGCGGGGCUGCAGGAAUUCCUGGAGUAUGUCAGGGCAGCAUUCCAGGACACUUGGAUUCUACCUAUGAGCAAGAGCAAGGCGCUGGACUGGAUCAAGGACCCCACUCCCAACCUGAACAUCACCACCUUCCAGCCCUGGUCCUGCUAGCGAGCUGACUGUGAAGCUCCAUCACUACUACUACCAGUAGUACAAGCAGUAGAAGACUCGACCAUCAUAAUCCGCCGUCCGUGACACAGACUUUAUAACAACUCACAUUGUCUUAGUCAUCCGUUGUUAUAAAGCUGUGUGAUUAACCUUAUCUGAUACUGCUCCCAGUUGUCAAUCUCCUCUCCUCAGUCCACUUGCCACCCCUAUAUCUAACUCCCUACCCUCGUGUAGUGUCACCUAUAUCUGACUCUCUACCCUCAUAUACCGUCACCUAUAUCUGACUCUCUACCCUCAUAUAUCGUCACCUAUAUCUGAUUCCCUACCCCCAUAUAGUGUCACCUAUAUCUGACUCUCUACCCCUCAUAUACCGUCACCUAUAUCUGACUCCCUACCUCUCAUAUACCGUCACCUAUAUCUGAUUCCCUACCCCUCAUAUACCGUCACCUAUAUCUGACUCUCUACCCUCAUAUACCGUCACCUAUAUCUGACUCUCUACCCCUCAUAUACCGUCACCUAUAUCUGACUCUCUACCCCUCAUAUACCGUCACCUAUAUCUGACACUCUACCUCUCAUAUACCGUCACCUAUAUCUGAAUCUCUACCCCCCAUAUAGUGUCACCUAUAUCUAACUCCCUACCCCCCUAUAGUGUCACCAAUAUCUGAUUCCCUACCCCUCAUAUAGUGUCACCUACAUCUGACUCCCUGUCAACUCUAAUUACAACAUGUAAUAAAGUCAUUGCUGUA